GCAGGACGUCUCCCUCGUCACCCCGCCCCCGCGCAGACGCAGUGCUGACCCAACAGCUGCGGGACAAAGGGUGACGUCCGGAGCCGGAGUCAUGGCAGCGACCGAGCCGAGCUUGGCAGCUUCUGGGAGCCCCGCGCCGCCGCCAGAGAAAGAGGAAGGAGCCAGCCCGAGCUCAGGCCCGGAGUGUAACUCUGCGGGCUCCUCGUCGACCCUUGAGGCCCCACCGCCUGCCCCCGAGCCCUCCUGCCCCAACGCCGUGAUCCCCGAAGCGAUUCCUACGCCUCCCGCGGCGGGCGCCGCGGCCCUGGAGCUGGCCCUCGGGCCCGCACUCCUGCGCCCCGCGCCGCUUGCCGAAGCCGCUCCGCGCUCCCCUCCAGGCCCCGGCGGCUCCCGGCCCGGCCCGGAGACGUUCCGCCAGCGUUUCCGGCAGUUCCGCUACCAGGACGCGGCAGGCCCGCGGGAGGCAUUUCGGCAGCUGCGGGAGCUCUCCCGCCAGUGGCUGCGGCCCGACAUUCGCACGAAGGAGCAAAUCGUGGAGAUGCUGGUGCAGGAGCAGCUGCUCGCCAUCCUGCCCGAGGCGGCGCGGGCCCGCCGGCUUCGCCGCCGCACCGAUGUGCGCAUCACCGGCUGAGCGGCGGAGCUGCGGGCGGCCCGGGCGCUCUCUGGACUGGAGCCACGAUCGGGUCCGGGGGCCUGAGCCUGCCUCCCUACUCCGCGUUAACGGAAAACGAGUUUUGGCAGUUCCUGUAGACUGGUGUGUCCCUUCCGUUCGUCCCUUACUGGGUUUAUUUUCCCGAGAAAAUCAACCUCCUUUCUGGCCGGUGGCGAAACCAAGUUGGGAGCCCAUGAGAAUAAAGCCUUUGUUUCCUAUUCA